AUGGCGAUGCUCGGGCGGCGGUUCGUCAACAUCGUGGCGGCGGGCAAGUACAAGACCGGUAUGUUGUCGGUGCACCGCCUCGACGCCUCCAAGCAUCUCUUUUACCCGUCAGCAUCCGAAGCACGAUUUGUCGGCGGUGACGGUGAGGCGCCGCGCCCACGCCCACGCCGACCGACGACAAAGACGCUGGAGGAGCUACCUGCACCGUGCGCCAUCUUCAAAGACGCGACGACCGCCGCGGCGCGCACAAGGUCCACCGCCUUCUUGAGCCUCGUCAGCCCGGGCAGCGAGGGCAGCAGGAUCCUCUUUACCAACGAGGCCGGCGACUCCAUGAUGUACUACGCCGACGAGGGUUGUCCGACCGGUCACACUCACGCCAUGCCCAGGCUCGAGGAGUUCGCAGGCCCCGUGGCCGCCUCAGUCUCCGUCGUCGCCCAGCAGGCCGGCGGUGGCGGUGCCGCCGUCAAGGAAGAAAGCCUGUACGUCAUGCACGGCGUGCGUGACGGGGUGGCACCACGCUUCCACGUCCUCAGGCCGCCGACGGACCGAUGGGGCGGGAGCACCCGUGUUGGUGAGGGAUGGUACUGGCAGUCUCUUCCACCGCCGCCCUUCGUCUCCGACGACGACGAUCCCGACGUCGUCAUCAGCUCCUACACGGUGGUGGAAGGCGGCCGCACCAUCUGCGUGUCGUCGUACGCGGCCGAGGCCGGCACCUGGUGCUUCGACACGGUCAGAGGCGAGUGGUGGCACGCCGGCGACUGGGAGAUGCCGUUCGACGGCAGAGCCGAGUACUUGGCCGACCUCGACCUCUGGCUGGGCCUCUCCUCCUCUGUCGGCCUCGGGAGCACCGGCACCAGCACCUACUACGUAUACGGCGAGCUGUGCACGACGUCAGGCCUCUCCCUAUCGGCCAUGGCCAUGAACCAGCCACCGACGUUGCUGCAGCGUCUUUACACGCCGCCUGAGAAGCGGAUGAUGGCAACAAAUGCUAAGCAGGUCGAGCUUAUAAACCUGGGCUCAGGCAGGUUCGCCAUUGCUAAGGUCUUCAACUGGAAUCACGACUACAGUGACUUUGAAUUUGGCCUUGAUGUUGUGGUUGGGGAUAAGUAUGACGAGCUUCUUGUCGUGACUGGCGUGGAGAUCCGUCCUUGUCAACCUCGCGAUAGCUGUUAUAUAUGGAGCUGCAGUGAUGGCCUCGAGUUGAUCCCUCACAAAUCCGUUAGUUACAUGUGUCGCACCCAUAGGAUACACCAGGUGCUAUAA